AUGAAUCUUCCUCUCACCGAUCCGUCCCUUCUCGCCCAGGACAUCCCAGAGUCGCUGUCUGCGCGCCUGCGCAGCUCCGGACAGGCAGUAUGCAUUCGCUUCAGUCACCAAGGCGACCUGCUUGCGUCUGGCACGUCAAAAGGCGGCAUCUCCAUCUUCGACCUCGCGACCAACGGCUGUGCACGCAAAAUCAAAGGGCAUACUCCCAAUCGCACCGUCCAGUCGCUCAGCUGGUCAGCAGACGAUCGCUACCUCCUCUCCUCCUCCAUCGACUGGAAGAUCAUCCUGUGGGAUCUCCAAGACGGCAGCCGGGUGCGAGUGUGCAACCUCGGAGCACCCGUGUACAUCGCCGAGCUCCAUCCCUCCAACCGAUUCCAGUGCGUGGCAGCGUUGUAUGAGUACAGGCCGGUAUUGGUGGAUUUGGAAGAUGAGGCACACCCAAAACAACAUCCUCUCCCGAACCUCCCCAUGCGGGCGCCGAAUGAGCAAGAGGAUGCAGCAAAAGCAGACGCAAAACAUUUCACCACAGUCGCCGCAUUUACGCCUACCGGCAGUCAUGUCGUUACAGGCACCACGAAAGGCUGGCUGAAUAUCAUCUCGACCACCACCCGCGAAACAAUUUACAGUCUCCGCCUGUGCAGCAAACCUAUCCUGCUCAUUCGCCUGAGCGCAUCUGGUCGUGAUCUUCUCGUCAACGCAUCCGACACCAUCAUUCGGACCAUCAAACUCCCCGAUCUUACCUCUCCCAACCUGAAACCCGACAGCAUCAAUCUGGAAGUUGAGCACAAGUUUCAAGAUGUUGUGAAUCGACUAUCGUGGAACCACGUCGCCUUUUCUAGUAAUGCAGACCACGUCAUGGCAUCUACAUUGAUGAAUCACGACAUCUACAUCUGGGAGCGGGGGCACGGCAGCUUGGUCAAGAUUUUGGAAGGUCCAAAGGAGGAGCUGGGCGCAGUGGAAUGGCAUCCAAGCAAACCGCUCGUGGCAGCCACCGGUGUGGAGAGCGGUAAGAUUUUCAUCUGGACUAUCAAUACGCCCCAACGCUGGUCAGCGCUUGCUCCGGACUUUGUGGAGGUGGAGGAGAACGAGGAGUACGUUGAGCACGAAGACGAAUUCGACAUCCAUCCAAUUGAAGAGCUGAAGCGAAAGCGGCUGGAUCAGGAAGAUGAGGAAGUCGAUGUCUUGACUGUGGAUGAGGAGCAAAUGCAGCGAGAGAAGAUGGGCAACAUGCGGAACAAGGAUGAUGAAUUUCGCAUGCCGGUGUUGCUGGACAUGGGUGAGAGCGAUAGCGAGGACGAAAUUGUCGCAAUCGGCACCGGUCAGUUCAGGCGCAAAAGCACAGCAAGAGAAGAGAGUGAGUUCCUCGAUGGGGAGGUGGAAGACGGAGAUGCGGUGGAGACCAACGGCCACAAUGGGAACAAAAGAAGACGAGAAGAAUGA